GCGCGACGGAGAACGUAGGAGAGAGAGCCGGGUCCUGUCAGCAGCUGUGACAUCCAGCCUUUAAAUACACCGGAGGGGUACUGGCCCUUUUCUCUCCCCGGGAUAUGUCGCUGCUUCAGUCAGCUUUGGAUUUUCUAGCUGGUCCGGGGUCCCUCGGAGGUGCAGGCCGGGACCAACAUGACUUCGUGGGACAGACGGUGGAGAUGGGAGAUAUGAAGAUGCGGGUCAAGCGAGUUAUUGCUGAGGGUGGUUUUGCAUUUGUGUACGAAGCCCAAGAUGUAGGAAGUGGAAAAGACUAUGCAUUAAAGAGAUUGCUGUCCAAUGAAGAAGAGAAGAACAAGUCCAUUAUUCAAGAAAUCUGUUUCAUGAAAAAAUUAUCUGGCCAUCCCAACAUAGUUCAGUUCUGUUCAGCGGCAUCCAUUGGAAAAGAAGAAUCCGACACUGGCCAAGGAGAAUUUCUCCUCCUUACAGAACUGUGUAGAGGACAACUUGUGGAAUUCUUAAAUAAGGCUGAAUGUAAAGGUCCACUGUCCUGUGAUACAGUUCUGAAGAUUUUUUACCAAACAUGUCGGGCAGUUCAGCAUAUGCAUAAACAAAAACCACCAAUAAUCCAUAGGGACCUCAAGGUAGAAAACUUACUUGUUAGUAAUCAAGGCACUGUUAAAUUAUGCGAUUUUGGCAGUUCAACUACUAUUGCUCAUUAUCCUGAUUACAAUUGGACAGCCCAACAGAGAGCAACAGUUGAAGAUGAAGUUACAAGAAAUACAACGCCAAUGUAUAGAACUCCAGAAAUAAUAGACUUAUAUUCCAACUUUCCCAUUGGAGAGAAACAAGAUAUAUGGGCACUUGGGUGUAUCUUGUACUUACUGUGCUUUAAACAGCAUCCCUUUGAAGAUGGAGCAAAACUUCGCAUAGUGAAUGGAAAAUAUUCAGUUCCUCAAAAUGACACCAAAUACACUGUCUUUCAUGGCCUUAUCAAUUCCAUGAUAAAGGUCAAUCCAGAGGAAAGGCUGUCUAUUACAGAAGUUGUCAGCCAGCUUCAAGAAAUUGCGGCAGCUAGGAAUGUUAACCCUAAAUCUCCUAUUACUGAGCUCUUGGAGCAAAAUGGUGGUUAUGGGAAUACUGUGAUACAAAGGUCAUCUUCUGGUGCUCCACAGAACUCCAAGCCUCUAGCACAUCCUGGCCUUACACUUACUGAUGAUGAUCAGACAUCUGGGGGAUUCUUUGACAUCCUGAAAGGAGGAACUGAACGAAUCUUAAGUAACAUUAAAGAUACAUCGUCAAAAGUUAUCCAAUCUGUGACCAAUUAUGCAAAAGGAGAUUUGGAUUUAUCAUACAUAACAUCAAGGAUUGCUGUUAUGUCAUUUCCAGCAGAAGGUGUGGAAUCUGCCAUUAAAAAUAAUAUUGAGGAUGUUCGCCUGUUUCUGGACUCAAAACAUCCAGGACAUUAUGCUGUCUAUAACCUGUGUUUAAGAAAAUAUAGGCCUUCAAAGUUUCAUAACAGGGUUUCAGAAUGUGGCUGGGCUGGAAGACGUGCUCCAAAUCUUAUGAACCUUUACAGCAUUUGCAAAAAUAUGCAUUUGUGGUUGAAACAAGAUCCGAAGAACGUCUGCAUUGUUCACUGCACAGAUGGAAGAGCCGCAUCAGCAGUUGUGUUGUGUUCCUUUCUUUGUUUCUGCCGUCUGUUUACCACUGCUGAAGCUGCAGUUUAUAUGUUCAGCAUGAAACGGUGCCCGCCAGGUAUAUGGCCUUCUCACAAAAGGUAUAUAGAGUACAUGUGUGACAUGAUGGCAGAGGAGCCAAUCAUUCCCCACAGCAAGCCUAUCCUUAUUAGGGCUAUAACCAUGACACCAGUACCUCUGUUCAGCAAACAACGCAAUGGUUGCAGACCAUUUUGUGAAGUUUAUGUGGGGGAUGAGAGAGUAGCAACAACAUCUCAAGAGUAUGAUAAAAUGAGAGACUUUAGAAAUGAAGAUGGCAAAGCUGAAAUUCCUUUAAAUGUUACUGUGCAAGGGGAUGUCCUGAUUGUUAUCUAUCAUGCACGGUCUACACUUGGCGGCAGAUUGCAAGCAAAGAUGACCUCAAUGAAAAUGUUCCAGAUUCAGUUCCAUACAGGGUUUGUGCCACGAAAUGCUACAACAGUAAAGUUUGCAAAGUAUGAUCUAGAUGCUUGUGACAUCCAAGAAAAAUAUCCUGAUCUUUUCCAAGUAAACCUAGAGGUUGAGGUUUCUUCCCGUGAUAAACAAGCAACCAGCAGCCCUCCAUGGGAGAAUAUAAACACAAAGCGUUUAAAUCCCAAGAUCCUUUUUUCCAGCAGAGAGGAACAACAGGAAAUGCUGUCUAAAUUUGGCAAACCUGAACUACCCAGGCAACCAGGAUCAACAGCACAAUAUGAAGGAGACAUAAACAUAGAGAAACCUUCCCCAGACCUGUCAGACUCUGAAACACUCCAGAAAAAUAACUUUUUUCAAACACUCGACUGGCAAGAUCAAUCGGGAGUAAGAAAUGCUCAGAUUGGUGACCAAGAAAAUGUGGCUAAGGAGGAUUAUGAAAAUGAAUACUUAAGUGAUUCGAAAAGUGAGGCAUCUGAUGAAGAAUUUUACUCAUUUCCUCAAGGAAACAGGGGAAUAAGAUGUGAAGAAAAUGGGCCUGCUGUCGGGACAGAUGAUUCAGUAGCCAGAGAGGUACUGUUUGAGGCCAAUAAGGAUACUCAGUCUACAGAACAGGGACCUCCUGUUGAAGAGGAAGUUGAUUUACUUGGACUUAAUCCAGCAACAAAUAAAGUAGACACUAAUACCGUGCCCUCCGAAAUAAAGAAUUCCUCCAGUAACAUAGCAUUAUUAGACGAUCUUUUUUCAGAUAGCUUGUCUGGCACUGCUGACAAUGUAAAAACAGACUUUAUAGGACAUGACUUGCUAGGAAAUAGAGGUGACUUCUACUUCAUUGGACCUCCUCAAACCUCUGUAGAAUCAUCAAGCAACUCAUUUGACAUUCCAUUUUCUUCUUCUGAUCCUUUUGACCCAUUUGCAAUGUCUACGUCAGAAAAUAAAUCAAGUGGCCCUGAUCUUUUCGAAGGACUUGUCAGCCCAAACUCUGCAUCAACUCCAAAUGUAUAUCCUUCAGUACAAAGUGCAGCACCUCCUACCUCAAAUAUUGAUUUCCUAAACUUGGAUAAUCUACCAACACGUCAAUCAAAAAUAGUUUCUUCUGCAAGCAAUCCAGAUCUAUUAGGUGGUUGGUCUUCUUGGGAAGAAACAUCUAAGAGCAGCAAUGUUUUUCUUCCCAAACUUAAUAAACCAGCUUUUGAAGGUCCUGCAUAUUCUUCUACCAGUCACUUAAGUACAUCUUCAAGUUCAUCUUUCAGCCAGACAAAGUCUUCAGGUUUUGACCCUUUUGCUGAUCUUGAUAAUCUCAGUUCAUCCCUGCAAGGCUCCUCAACACAAUUCCCUUCUCAAUCCACUGAAAAAUCUGCACAGAAAGUCAGUAAUUCAUGGCAGUCUGUAAAACAACCAGCUAAACCACAGACUGGUGGUAAUCCAUGGCAAUCACAGGCUAAGCCUGCUACACAGUCAAAACCUAACUACACUGCAAACUUUAGUGUGAUCGGAGGGAGAGAAGAAAGAGGUAUCAGAGCUCCAGGUUUUGGACUAAAGCCAAAAGUUUCUGAAAGUGAUUUUGGGGAUUUGUUAUCCAAUCAUGGGUUUUCAGCAAAAACAGAUAGGGGAGGGCCAAAAACCAUUGCAGAAAUGAGAAGACACGAGCUGACAAAGGACACAGAUCCUCUGAAAUUAAAGAUUUUAGAUUGGAUUGAAGGCAAAGAAAGAAAUAUAAGGGCACUGAUAUCCACACUUCACACUGUUUUAUGGGAAGGGGAAUCUAAAUGGAAACCUGUCAACAUGGCUGAAUUAGUCACUCCUGAUCAAGUAAAGAAAUAUUACCGGAAAGCAGUGCUUGUGGUCCAUCCAGACAAGGCUACUGGGCAGCCCUAUGAACAAUAUGCCAAAAUGAUCUUCAUGGAACUAAAUGAUGCCUGGUCAGAAUUUGAAAAUCAAGGAUCAAGAUCCCUUUUUUAGAAACAUGGCACAUAUAAGAUUUGCGUCUUCUUUGGUGUAACUGACUGUUAGUCUAUCAUCAUAUAAGUACACCUCCAACCUAAACCUGUUGCGUAAAGCAAAAAAAAA